UGUUGACUGUGGGCUACGGCCCAUUCAAAUCCCCCUUAUGGGUCUGCAUCCAUCGAUAUAUAGAUAGAAAUCACAAGAUUUUACACGAUGAAAGUAAGAAUUACAAGUUUGAGGUUCGGGUCUACACCAAGAAGUAACUCUUGGUCUCAAAAAAUCACAUGAUACCUGCAGAUGUAGAUCACCAUCACCUAUAUUAAGUAUUCUCUGUAAGCAUUCAUGUAUUUUGAAAAAUCACCGAUUUCAAAAAGUUGGCGUGUUAAUUAAAAAAUGUCCGUAGAACUUUGAUUAAAGCGAUGGAUUCACCAAUGCCUAUAUUUUUAUGAAACAAUAAGAUUUAAAUGUCGAAGCAAAAAUUGUACCUUGAACAUCCAAAUAUUUGUUGCAAAAAAAUUAAUUUAAAAGUAUUCGCUGAUGAAUGAUGAUAUACACAUUAGAACUGAAAAGGGGCUCAAAAAAGCAAAAGAGAAAUGGUAAGGGGAUUAGAAGCAGAAAAACGGAAGAACAACAAUAAUGGCACGGAUUCUUCUUGGGCCGGCGAGCCUAGCUAGACGAAGAGCAAGAGCGGCCCAAGAUCUCCCGUUCUGCCGCUUCUCCUACACGAUCUCUCACUCGCUCUCGCCGCGCUGAUCUCUAAAAAAAAAACUCACUAUCGCCGCGCUAUAGACGACGGGAAGGCCGAUCAAUGGUGGUCGCCGACGCCACCGGAGGCGAGGAAGGGGCGAGGAUCUCCCCGAAGGGAGGCCAAGGAGAGGAGGAUGCGGAGGAGCAGCUGUGCCGCAUCUGCCGCCUCCCCGCCGAGGCGGAGCGGCCCCUGCGGAGCCCAUGCGCCUGCCGCGGCAGCAUCAGGUUCGUCCACGACGAAUGCCAGCUCCGGUGGAUCGCCGCCCGCGGAAAACCCCUAUGCGAGGUAUGCAACCGCGGCAUCACCACCCGGCUUCUCUACGCCGCGGACGCCCCCGCGAGGCUGCCUGUUUCUGAGUUCAUCAUGGGGGCGUCCGACAAGCUCACGGGUCUGCUGCUGCUGCUCGUCUUCGUCGUAUGCGUUGUGCCGGAGUUUUCCAUUCACCUCGCCGCCCUCUGGGCUUGGCACCUCGCGCUCGCCAGAUCCUUUGCUCAAGCGCGCUGUUUGCUCUCCCUCCGCCUUUCUACCGCCUCCGCCCUCGCUUUAUUUGCGCUCUCCGUUGCAUUCGCACGCCGGUUUGCUCCAUUUGCUGUAGCUCCAUUUGCACGAUGGGUUGCGCGCCUAGAAACUCGGCGUCAGGGGUUUCGAGGAUUUGAUGGCUUGCAAGUCCUUGCGCUACUUGCCGUUGAAGCAUUCUUGAUGGUGGUAAUAUUUGACAUGGCUCUUGCUUGUAUUUUGGUUUUUCUCCCAUUCUCGCUGGGAAGGAUAAUCCACUGGUGCAUAUCGUGUUCCAUUUUUUCCAAUGUGGGUGAAGUCAACUCCUACACUUCAACAGGCUCUGCCCUUCUAAUUGGAUAUGGACUUAUCAUUUCUGUGGGUGUCACUUUUCCUGGGCUGAACACUCUCUGGCAAUACUUUAGGGGGGAGCGCCUUAUGAUUGCAAUUUUCAUUAGACGGCUCCAUGCUAGAUUCCUCAGAGAGACUGCAGAUUUCACCACUCUUGCAAGUAUUCUCCUGAGCGCAUUUAUAAUGUACCCGUUGUUCUUUGGCUGGUUGCUUGAUAUCUUCACUUCAAAAAUGUUUGGUGCAACAAUGUCUCAAAGGCUGGAACUCCUGUUUGCUCCAUCUUUUGCUUCAGCUUCUCUUCAUUGUUUUAUUGGACACAUAUUUUUGAAUCUACGUCUCUGGUUGUCCGUAACUCUUCACAAGAUAUUGAGGCUGGGUGCCUGUCCCUGCUGCCACAUCCACCGUAACCAUAUUCAGGAACCAUUCCACAAAUUUUAUUUUAAGCGUGCUCUUCUGUAUGACGUUAUCUUUAUGGCCGUAGUAAUUUUUGUUCCUGUUCAAAUUGCUGGCCAAUUGGCACCGGAGCUGUUCCCGUUAGAUAUCAAUUGUGCUGCUGAAGGCUUAUCAUUAUGGCAAGCGCCACGAAACUAUGCCAAUUCAAUUUCUCGUGUUUUCAUUGUGUGGUUUCUCCUUAAGGGCACUUCUACAGUCACAUACCUUGAGUCGCUAGUGAAGAAGGUAACUCGGUAUUCGUAUGCCACUAAUGUGGUGCUUACAUGGUCGACUGUUGCGAUAUACAGUUCAGCUGUGCUCAUUUUUCCAAUCUCAAUUGGGCGUGCCUUGUUGCUUGCCAUCACCCGGAUGCCAGUAGCAAGUGGAUUGGAAUCCAAUGAUCUGCUUGCUUUGGUUGUUGGGAUUGGCAUCAUAUUAACUAUUAUUGCUGCCACUAGAGAUUCAAUUGCCUACAUGACUUGUGGGAGACCACGCCAUCUAGCUUUGAAGUACUCAAUGAUUGUGUUCUUAUGGUUUAUCGUCAUUCCAUUCCUGAAUGGGUUGCUGGUUGAUUUAUUUCUAAUAUCACCAUUCGUUGGGCCUGCUGACGACGUUUCAUUAUCCUACACUUGGGCCCUUGGGUUUCUAUUUAUGAGAAUCUGGCUAAAGCUGGUUCAGCAGAUAAGGGCCAGACCCGUCCUUGCCUAUAUCAUUGAUGAAAGGUGGGUUCCGACGAUUGUUCGGUGGAAGGCCGAUUGUCUUUCUUGGGAGAUAUCAAUGUUCUGGUUCUUGCAAGAAAUCUUCAUGCCUAUUGCCACGAGGCUACUCGCUGCUCUAGGCGUUCCUUAUGUGCUCGCCAAGGGUGUCUUCCCGAGAUUUGGCUACUCCGCUGCUGUGAACUCAGCAGUCUAUCGCUUCGCAUGGCUGGGCAGCCUCGGCUCCUGUGAGCUCUGCUAUCUCUUCAAGGUGUUGUGUGUCAAACUCCAUGAUUCGAUCAGGGACGAGCGCUACGUCAUCGGGAAGAGGUUGGAAGAUGUCCCCGACGAUAGCUGAAGGCCCGACUCUUCCCGGAGAAGUCUAUUUCAAAUAGUUUUGUACGGACAUGGAUAUGGUGAUAUUAAUAAUUAAUUUAGACAUUAAUGAAAUAAUGAAUUUACUAAUUAGUGGUGCAUUUGUUUGGAUGGAUGAUCUUGAAAUUGAAAGUUAUGGAUUGCCGCUGUUUAAAGGCAUUUUUCUGCCUUUUA